GUAUAUUAAAACCCCGCGAUUUUUUUUUUAAUACGGAGUAUAUAUAUUUUCCAUCUUCCUAAUCUGUUUCAAUUAGCUUGGAUUUAUUAUGAAUUUUCAAUAAAUGUAAAACCAGGUCUGGAUGUGAUGUGAUGCCCCCUCCUUCCCAUGAAAUCAGAAGGUAGUGUUUCAAUGACAAUCAUUUCGGAGGGAGAGGACGAAUUGCAGGAUGAAGAUGAGGGAGAGAAUGAUGGGAUUGGGUGUGAAAGAAAGGGUGCAAAUGUCAUUAAUGGUGCGGGCGAGAGGGCGCUUCGACCCCAAGGUGCUCCGCUGGUGCAGCCACAGCCAGAGCAGAGUCACGGUGUAAACAUCUAUUGGGAAAGAUUUCUUCAUGUCACUUCCAUUAAAGUUUUGCUUGUAGAGAGUGAUGACUCCACUAGACAUAUUGUCACUGCUUUGCUCCGGAAUUGCAAUUAUGAAGUGAUUGUAGCGGCCAAUGUAUUGCAAGCAUGGAAGGUUUUAGAAGAGCUGACCAACCAUGUUGAUCUUGUGCUAGUUGAGUUGGAAAUGCCCGAUGUGUCGGGCAUAGGUCUUCUCUGCAAAAUCAUGAGCCACAAAACGCGCAAGAAUCUUCCCGUUAUCAGUGAGCAUGGAUUUUUUCCCACUUUUGAAAUUCUUAUGCAACAACGUUUCGUUGUCAUGUUUAUCAUUUGUCAAUUUGAUUUCAUUGACCUCCACAGUUGAUGUGGAUCGUUUGCAAUGAUGUCGUCUUGUCAUUCUAUGAGUUUGGUGGUUAAGUGUUUGUCAAAAGGUGCAGUUGACUUUCUGGUCAAACCUAUUAGGAAGAAUGAGCUCAAGAACCUAUGGCAACAUGUCUGGAGGAGAUGUCAAAGUUCUAGCGGAAGCGGGAGUGAAACUGGGGCACAAACCCAAGACCCUGAAUAUUCAAAGAGCAUUGAGAAAUCUGACAAAAGCAAUGAUGCAGAUGACAACAUAAGGAAUGAUUUGAUUAUUGUUGACACUAAUGAUGAUGACGACGACGACGAGGAUGAUGAUGAUGAUGAUGAUGAUGACGAUGGAAACCCCGAGAGCUCUUCAACAAAGAAAGAUGUUGAAGUAGACAGUUCCCAGGCGACGUUUCUACAGAAUGAAGUACCUAAAGAUUUCCAAAAACAAUCUAGUACCAAGGUUUUUUCUUCUGAACUACCUUAUGUAUAUCUUCUUCCUCAUGUGGUUCUUUUAGACAACAAUGAAAAUACAAAAUCCUUUCUCAGGUAUACCUAAAAACAUUACUCCCUUUGUCCCAAAUUAGAAGUCCACUUAAGAAAGAAAGAUUUUGAAAAAAUGAUUAUGACCGGACACACAUUAAGAAAGAUUUUGAAAAAAUGAUUAUGAUGGACAUAUAUUUCUUACCAGAGAAGGAAAUGGACUUUUAUUUUGGGAUGAACCAAAAAGAAAAGUGUGAUGUUUACUUUGGGACGGAGGGAGUAUAGCACACCAUAAACAUCCCAUUGAUGUUCGGGUCAAACAUGUGUGUGAAAAGGGUAAGAAUGUGGUGGAAACAGAUUCCAAUUCGGGCAGUAAGAGAAUAGAGGAGCAGAUCAACAGCAAAAAAAUUGAAUCUCAAACAGUGGUGUCAGUUUGUAAGAAUGCCGCCAUGUAUGAAUCAAGAAAAGUAGCUAUUGAGCCAAGUUUGAAGAGGCUGAAAGAAUCAAGAGAGGCUUCUCAUUAUAUGUUCUGGCAUUCGGAGCAAUCGGUCUUCACAAGGUUUGGUAAAAAUAAAUUUAGUUGAUUUUUGGACUUGUAGGCAUCCCACAUUGAUUACAAACACUAACAUUAGACUCUAGCUAGUACUAUAACCUUUUAUAUUAAGUUCAUUUGAGCCAUUUGAUCCUUGUAAACCUUAAAAAAAACUAUAUCUCAAAAUUGAUCAUUGAGACUUUGUAGUGGUGGGCAUUUCACUUUUUUCAGGUUAGGCUUAAAAGGGAUUGAGGAUAAAAUGACGUGGUUCGGUUUAUUUUCUGUUUGGAUUUCAAUUUGUUAGAUUUUUAUCAGGGAUUUAGCGUUUCUUUUUUUGUUCAGUUUGGUUCUAACCUGUUUCAGUUAGGCUUGGUUUAGUACAAGAAAACUGUUACCAGACUAAAACCGAUUACAUGUGGUUAGGUUUGGGUUCAUGCUCAUUCUGUCAUACCCUUAUAUGAGACAUAUGUUCCUGUUGUUCUUGGUUGUGUGGCUUUGCAGGUACAAUACAUCCUCAAAAUCAAAUCAAUUGGAUGCCGCUGCACACACUGUCCAAGAAGAUAAAACAGAUGAAACAUUUGCAACCAAUGCUUUGCAAGCAAAAGCGCUGCUAGAUCCAAGCAAUUCUCACCUUCAUCACUACAAUAACCAAGAACCAGAGCCUGCUAUGAACUACGAGCGCACGAGAAAAAGUGUAACUAGAGAUGACAAUGGCUGUGGCUCUGGAAACAGAAUGGACCCAAACAAACUUGCAAAACGACGAGCUGCUUUGACCAAGCUUAUUCAAAAAAAAAACAGAAGAUUGUUCAAUAACAAGGUAGAUGAUUAUGUGAGAGACCAAUGAGCUUCGAUUUUAGGUCCAUGAAAAAACUGCAUUUCUUUCAAUGUUACUCUGAAAAUUUGAACCAGUUUUUCGUGAAUGUCAGUAUGUCGCUCCAAUUUGUACCCCUACUAUUUUAUGUGUGUGAACAGUGAAUUUGAAGCAGCAUUAACAAAAAAAAUUGAGUGACAAUAU